UCUCAGUUUUCUUCUUUUCUCUCCGCGUCGUUCCGGUCCACGUCCGUGACAGUUCGGUACAGUAAUUUCGGUGGAAAACGGCUGUCCUCGUACGUAACGGUGCUCGUUCCCGGUGCUUGACCCUGUCCGUGACGGCCCCGAGGGUCCGAGUUGUGUCGUGUCCGUUCUGGGAGGGAAGCGAGGUCGGUCAGCUACCCUCGCGAGUUUGUUGUGUGCUGAGUGUUGUGACAUCUUUGAAGUUCGUCGGUGGAGCAACGAUUAUUCGCACUCAAGUGGGCAGCUGGAAUGAUACGUACAGUGUGCUGCCUCAAAUUGACCUAAAAUGGCAGGCUGCCAGUUGACCUGCAGCUUAAUGAGAAGCAGCAACUCAAUGCGUUCAAUUUUGGCGACAAACGUAUGAACCUCGUCUAACUUCGGCGAAAACGAAGGAAUCUUGUUCACCUAGAGUCGGGGCUCGUGUGAUGCAAUGCAGGAGAGCGGAAUGGCCGGCGACGAGGUUGUGCGGGACAAGGACGGGUGGCCGGUCAUCCCGAUCCUGGAGAACGACACGGCGAAGCUCCCGAUCGAGAUGCAGUUCAACUCCGGGCACGUCGUCUCCAUAGUGACCUACAGCGUCCUCAUGGUCGUCUCCGCUAUCGGCAACAUCACCAUCCUCACCAUCAUCCUCCGCCGCCGCAAGAAGUCCCGCACCUCCCGCAUCAACACCAUGCUCAUGCACCUCGCCAUCGCCGACCUACUGGUGACAUUUUUGAUGAUGCCUCUGGAGAUAGCGUGGGCGGCGACUGUUUCUUGGGUGGCUGGAGACGCUCUGUGUAGGAUAUCGGCAUUCUUCCGAAUAUUCGGUCUAUUCCUUUCCAGUUUCGUCCUCAUAUGCAUCAGCGUUGACAGAUACUUCGCGGUGCUGAGGCCUCUGGAUAUAUCUCAAGUCGACCGGCGGGGGAAAAUGAUGCUGACUGCCGCGUGGAUUGGAUCAAUUAUUUGUAGCGCCCCUCAGAGCUACGUGUUCCACGUGGAGAAGCACCCGAACGCGACGUGGUACGAGCAGUGCGUGACGUACCACUCGUUCCCGACGCCGUUCCACGAGCACGCCUACUACUACUUCGGCAUGAUCAUGAUGUACUGCCUCCCGUUGGUCGUCAUCAUCACCAGCUACGGCUCCAUCAUCGCCGAAAUCUACCGUCGCAGCCAAACCAGAUCCACAGAUAACAUAAGAAGAUCCGGGCUGGGAUUUUUAGGCCGAGCUCGGAUACGAACGCUGAAAAUGACAGUCAUAAUCGUAGUUGUGUUCUUUGUGUGUUGGACGCCGUAUUGGGUGAUGUGCGUAUGGUACUGGAUCGACGAGUCCUCGGCGAAGAAGGUGGACCAGAAGAUCCAGAAAGGGCUGUUCCUGUUCGCGUGCACCAACUCGUGCAUGAACCCGAUCGUCUACGGGGCUUUCAACAUCCGGACGCGGCACCACCGGAGCCGGCAGGUCCGGACCCGGACCAACUCCUCCCUCACAACGGCCUGCGCCCCCGACAUCCGCCUCCCCAACAUCGGCAUCUCCGUCCGCAACGUUGAAUGAUUCACCAUCACCCUCGAGUCGCGCGCCGACCACAGACACCUAGCCACCUCCUCCCAGACCAGCGACCACAUGCUCUGAUCCUCCACCCUCCUCCCCAUCAUGACCCUCCAAAACCAAUGAUCCAACAUAGAGUACUUACCUUAUAGGGAGACUAUGGACAGCUCGAAAAUUUAGAGGCUAGAUUUGAUCAGGUCGUGUACUGCCGUGUAGAGUACCUAUAUUGAGAGAGUAUGGCCACUGGGCCCCAUGGAGAGGCUUAGGACCCAAAAAUGGCGGUGC